AUGUGUAUUCAAAAGUUCACAUGGCAUCAAUGCCCAGAAACCGAAAGAGGCCGGCAUUUCCGCCAAACUUGCCCCGCGGACCAAAUCAUCAAAGACAGCGAAGGCGCCUUCGCCGAAGCCAGAGUCUGGCACAGCACACACUCCGUCAUUGUCGACCAGCCGCUGAGGCCAGGCAUGGAGUUUCACGGCCACGAGUCCAUGGUCUACUGCGCCCACCCGUACCACGGCCACUGCCGGGACGACGCCGUCUGCCAGGUCACGCAGGUGGCGGAGGGCGAGUGCCCCUGGUGCCUCGGCGACAAUGCCUUUCCACGCAGAAUCACGGCCUACGGGAUCAAGAGCGACGUGGGACCCGCGGUGCUGACGGGCGACUACACCCGUCCCUCGCCCCUGGUGCUUGGCUACGUCGCGCAGGUCGCCGUACUGGCCAAGCACAUGGUCGCGCAAAGCAUCCCUUUCGUGCGGCUUGAGGGCGACAUGGCGUCGCAGGUCGUGAGGCAGAUCCGCGCCGAGGUGUUUUGCCGUCUGGAGGACGACCACUGGGAAUUCCCAGGCCACAACGUCAUUGCGGACUGCGAGUGUUUCACGGAGCGGCACAGUUACUGCGCGAACCUGGGCCGUCACCUCCGGCAAAAGGAGGCCCUGCGAAUCAUCAAGAACCAUUGGAACAUUAUCGCGCCGUACACCGGGGUGCCGGACCAGUGGGUGGAAGAGGAGGCGCCCUAUACUUUCCUCAUACGAGAACGGUCGCACGCGGCGGACUGGUUCCGCAGAUGUAGGCGCGGGAGGCACGACGAGAUGACGAUGGCGAGGUUCGAUAUAAAUCCGACAGAGGACCAGCGGUACCGAGAGGCCAUCCACCGGUUGGAGGCCACCGUAUUGAACUGCGUGGAGUUGCUGCGGCGGCGCCUUACGCCCGAGCCGCCGGACGAGAAGAAAGUGGCGCUCUGCGACGAAAAGGAAGAGGAAAAUGUCGACAACAUCGUCGUCGAACGGAACCUCUUCGCCCGCGCGGUGUUCCUCUACAAGCCCCUGCAAUGGAUCGCCUACGACAACGGCAUCACCGACAAGCUCUUCCACGAGAUUUCAGAGAUGGUCAUCCACUGGUACCUCCGCGUCGGCACCCCUCUCAGCGAGUCCAUUGAUAACGCGGCGAGUUUGACAGCGCCCGGGCUGUUCAAGUUCCGGCGGGACAUUGACCGCGUUCGAAGGGACGUGGAGGACGCCACGAGCCGGCUCGAUACCGUCUUCUCGACGACAACGUGGAACAGCCGGCGGCUCUUUGUCCGGUCCUUUGGCGAAUCUCCCGCCCGCGACGAAGAACUCGGCGAAGUCGACGCGUGCCGCAGCAAGCGAGCGGACCUCUGGGCCGCCGCGCAGACGAAGCUAGAGACGGCGGUCUGCGAGGCCGACGCCCGCAUUGUCACGGUCCAGGAGGCGCGGAGACUGUGGCCUGAGCAGCAGCAGCCGCCGUCGCCGCCGCAUCCACUCUGUCCCGUAUGCUACUCCGCGUUCGAUGACGGCGUGCACGCGCGCCGGCCCGUGCUGGUGUGCGAUGCGAACCACGUGAUGUCCGGUGUGUCGGAGGACGAUGCCCCAUUUUUAUCGAGCGAGGAUCGAUCGGCGGAGAUAUCGGCUGCCGCUGCCGUUGGAGUCGCCGAGGCCGAGGCCGGUCUUGCCAGUGCCUGUCCCCGGACUGUAAAACCUCCGCCGUCCCCAUAUCAAGAAGUCACCAACCUCACCGUCCUUCUCACCACCACCUCCGCCCUCGCAUCAACCCCAACCUGCCGCGCAGCAGCGGUAAAAUGCCCCUUCAUCUUUGACGGCCGCGUCCCCGCCAUAGCAAAAUCCACCGAUUUCAUCACGGCCCUUGGCGACGGCUGGAACCCGUAUAAUCCAGACUAUGGAUCCGUAAAGGGGGCGAACCUGUCCUCGUCCGACGUUGUCCUCCGCCCCCGUACCCCGUCACCACGGGCCCCGCCCGGCCCCGGUUCCGGUCCCGCUUCGACGCGGCAGAGAAGAAGCGUCCACUCGAGGUCAUAA